GUUUUUAAUGUUUAAAGUUAGAUGAUUUGAGUUUUGAUCUCUUAAUUUCGGCUUACGUUAACUGUAAAACACGUUUGCGUUUGGAAUGUGAAGAAAGGCGGCCAUUAAAUGAGCAGUUUUGGAUCUUCUUCUGCGAGCCACAGAAGGAUCUUCUUCUGCCACCCACUAAUGAAACUUUCAUCCUCUUAAUAUCAAGCCCUUCAAAUUAGAUCCUUCACCGUGGCGUAUAUUUCCUGCUUCUUUUCAUUCGCUAGAAUUUCUUGAACUUUCUUUUUUCUUGUCUACCUGCGCUUUGGAUGAUACAUUCUUGACCUUCUCUUUAGAACCUUCCUUUGUUGCUGCAGCGAUUCUGCUCUCUUUUGCCCCUUGAUGAUUCUACUGAAGAAUCCCAUUUUUAUGAGAAAAUCGUAUGAUUGAUUAAUAAAAUUAAUAAUUUGAUUGAUGAUUGUAAUUACUUGGAUGGGUAAGACAAUUCAAGUGUAUGGAUUCCCUUCUAGUGUUACUGCAAAUGCAGUUAAGAGUUUUCUGGAAAUGCAUACAGGUGAAGGAACAAUUUUUGCCAUCAAGAUAAGGGAAACCAAAAAUGGGGGUCCAAGAAAAUAUGCUAUUGUUCAAUUCAUGACCGUCAGAGAUGCUGAAUAUAUUCUCUCUCUGACUAAUGAACGACUUUGGUAUGGUACUUCAUAUAUUAAGGCUCGGCCGAUGGAUCUUGAUAUUGUACCAAAGCCCAGGACCUUUUUGCACAGUAUGGAACAUAUAACACUGCAUUUUGGAAGUCAGUUGUCAAAAGAAAAAUUUUAUGUUCUAUGGAAAGGUACAGAUGUUUUAGUGAAUUUUGGAUCUGGAAUGAGAAAAUUGCACUUUUAUCUAUCUCAUCAUCACGUGGAGUACAAGCUUGACCUUUCCUAUGAGAACAUUUGGCAGAUAGAGCUAUAUCGUCCUCGUGGUCAAUUUGUGAAGUAUCUUGUGAUUCAGUUAUAUGGAGCACCACGGAUUUUUGAGAAAGAUAUACGCCCGUCAUGGAAUGUGUAUGAGAAUCCACUUUUCAACUUUUUUAAGGAUGUCCCAGAUGACCAGUGGAUCAGGACAACUGAUUUUACUCCAUCAUGCCUUAUUGGGCAUUCAGCUGCAUUAUGUUUGGAACUUCCUUCCAGUCUCCGAGUUCCAAAUUUUCAGGAGAACUUUGCUUAUUAUAAAGAAACUGAAGGAAAUUUUGUUUUACAGACUGGUUCUGCUUUUUCUCGCAAUCUGGAUCUAGUUCCCAUUGUGGGUCCUCCCUCUGGUUUCGAUUUGCCAUAUGAAAUCUUAUUUCAGGUUAAUUUGUUGGUUCAGAAUGGGUGCCUUCCAGGGCCAGCACUUGAUGCUAAUUUUUACAAGUUGGUUGAUCCGAGCAGAAUGAAUAUUGUCUGCAUAGAGCAUGCUCUUGAGAAACUUUUUCACUUGAAAGAAUGUUGUUAUGAACCUUCUAGGUGGCUCAAUGAACAGUAUAGAAAGUAUCUUAUGUCUAAGAACCAUCCAAAAUCGCCUUCUAUAUCCUUAGAUACUGGUUUGGUAUAUGUGCGCAGGGUUCAAAUAACACCUUGUAAAGUGUAUUUUUGUGGUCCAGAGGUUAAUGUCUCAAACCGUGUGCUACGCCACUAUCAGAAAGAUCUCAAUAACUUUCUUCGCGUGUCUUUUGUUGACGAAGAGUUGGAUAAAAUUCAUUCAACAAAUUUAUCUCCGCGAGCCUCUUCUGAAAAUGAGGAUAGGAGAACUGCUAUUUAUAAAAGGAUUCUCUCUACUCUUCAAAAUGGAAUAGUUAUUGACAAGAAAAAGUUUGAGUUCCUUGCCUUUUCGUCUAGUCAGUUGCGGGAAAAUUCAUGCUGGAUGUUUGCUUCAAGAUAUGGUCUGACUGCUGCAGAUAUAAGGGAAUGGAUGGGCAACUUCCGUCAGAUACGAAAUGUGGCUAAAUAUGCUGCUAGACUGGGUCAGUCCUUCGGCUCAUCCACUGAAACCCUGAGUGUUAGUCGAGAUGAAAUUGAAAUUAUUCCUGACAUAGAGAUUGGAAGGGGCAGAACUACAUAUACGUUCUCUGAUGGAAUUGGGAAAAUAUCUGCCGAAUUUGCUAGGAGGGUGGCCUUGAAAUGUCGCUGUAAAGGUUUCACGCCAUCUGCAUUUCAAAUUAGAUAUGGUGGGUAUAAAGGUGUCGUGGCAGUUGAUCCAACUUCUUCAAAAAAAUUAUCAUUGAGAAAGAGCAUGUGCAAGUAUGAGUCUGAAAAUACAAAACUGGAUGUUUUAGCGUAUAGCAAGUAUCAGCCUUGUUUUCUGAAUCGGCAACUGAUUACUCUUCUGUCUACCCUUGGUGUUCCAGAUUAUAUUUUUGAGAAAAAACAAAGAGAGGCUGUUGAUCAACUUAAUGCUAUGUUAACAGAUCCAUUAAGGGCACAGGAGGCACUGGAUUUGAUGUCCCCAGGAGAGAUUGCUAACAUUCUGAAGGAAAUGCUUUUGUGUGGUUAUAAGCCCGAUGCAGAACCAUUCCUUUCAAUGAUGCUCCAAACAUUCCGGGCAUCAAAAUUGCUUGAUUUGCGGAUGAAAACUAGGAUUUUUCUUCCAAAUGGAAGAUCUAUGAUGGGAUGUCUAGAUGAGACUAGAACUUUGGAAUACGGACAGGUAUUCGUGCAAUUUUCUGGUACUAGACAUAUGCGGCUAUAUGAUACUUCCAACAUGUUUGGAGGUAGUGGAUCUGACCAGCAUUUUGUGAUUGAGGGAAAGGUGGUUGUAGCUAAGAACCCAUGCUUGCACCCUGGUGAUGUUCGUGUCUUAAGCGCUGUGAAUGUGCCCGCUUUGUACCAUAUGGUGGAUUGUGUUGUUUUUCCACAGAAAGGACAAAGACCUCAUCCAAAUGAAUGUUCUGGAAGUGAUUUGGAUGGAGAUAUCUACUUUGUCUGUUGGGAUACGGGUUUAAUCCCACAUAAGCAAAUUGCACCAAUGGACUAUACGCCAGAGCCAACUAUGCAGCUGGAUCAUGAUGUUACGAUUGAGGAAGUUGAGGAGUAUUUCACCAACUACAUUGUAAAUGACAGUUUGGGAAUAAUCUCUAAUGCUCACACUGUCUUUGCUGAUAGGGAACAUUACAAAGCAAUGAGUGAUCCAUGCAUAGAACUUGCACGUAAAUUUUCAAUUGCAGUUGAUUUUCCAAAAACUGGAGUACCAGCUGUAAUACCUCCACAUCUACAUGUCAAAGAAUAUCCUGAUUUUAUGGAAAAGCCUGACAAGCCCACCUAUGAAUCUCAGAAUGUGAUUGGCAAGCUUUUUCGGGAAGUGAGAGACAUUGCACCGCAUGCAAGUUCUAUCAAGUCCUUUACUAAGGAAGUGGCGGAGCAGUGUUAUGACUCUGAUAUGGAAGUUGAUGGCUAUGAGGAUUACAUAGAUGAUGCCUUUUAUUACAAAAGCAGUUAUGACUUUAAGUUGGGCAAUCAUAUGGACUAUUAUGGCAUCAGAACUGAGGCUGAAAUUCUCGGUGGAAAUAUUAUGAAAAUGUCAAAAUCUUUCACCAAGAGAAGGGAUGCAGAAGCAAUUGGAAUGGCUGUGAGGUCCUUGAGGAAAGAAGCUAGGUCCUGGUUUAAUGAAAAGGGAAGUAGAGUGGAUUCUGAAGCUGAUGAUGUAUAUGCAAAAGCCUCAGCUUGGUAUUAUGUUACCUAUCAUCCUAGUUACUGGGGUUGCUACAAUGAGGGAAUGGGACGAGAUCAUUUUCUUAGCUUUCCAUGGUGUGUUUAUGACAAGCUGAUCGAGAUCAAGAGGAACAAAGCAAGUAUAAGAAGGUCUCUACAUUUGUCAUCUCUGGAACGCCAGUUUAAUCUUGGACUGCAGUUGAGUUGACAAGUCUUGAAAUACUUGAAGAUAUGUAUGGCGUGUGUUUUAAUUCUAUGACAGGAGCUUGUCUAUAUUCAGUUUGCCAGGGAAUUAAUUGAUUUCACUUUCACAGCUAUCAGCGGGUCACAGCUAUCAGCGGGGUCUCUAUAACAGGCCAAUCCAGAUCAAGGGGAACAAAUGAAAGCAUAAAGUUCUUAUAUUUAUCACCUAUAUAUCGUCUGUUUAGAUGUGGACUGCUUUUGAGCUUUAGAAGGCUGAUUGGGAUGUGUGUUUACAUAGUAAUUCAAUAAUGUAAACGUUUAUGUUCAUAGGGUGGUAGAGCUGGCAUGACUAAUUUGGCAAUAUUAUGUUAUAUAAGAUGUUGAAAGAUUGUGUGA